GACGCACACUGGGCAAAGGGACACGUGUAGACAGUGGGGACGUAGAUCUAGAUUAAAUCUUGAUUAUAUUAUUUUCCACAGCUGAGGAUAUAACGCGUUUGAGAUGUCUGUCCUCCUGACGGUGCUGGACAAGCUGGCUUACUUUCUGUCUCUCAUUGGGUUUUGUGUCAGUGUCUCUUACAGCUGGAUCAAAUGAAACCACAUUCUUUCUUUAUUGUCUCGAUAUUUUGGAUUUUGGGGGUGGGAUGCUUUUACUAAACACCUGUGGACACCUGACACCUGAUUGUGUAACUGAAGACAGACAUCAUGAUGCUGCAGCCGUGCACUCUGAGGACGUACCGUGUGCUUGCACUGGUGCUGUUUGUCUCAGCCUCCGAGGACUUUGAUUGGAUGAAGAACGAGAGGUCGUCUUUCUACUACGGCACCUUCCCAACAGGUUUCUCUUGGGGAGCUGGGAGCUCUGCGUAUCAGACGGAAGGAGCUUGGAACGUCGACGGAAAAGGGAUGAGCAUCUGGGAUGCUUUUGCGCACAAAAAGGGGAAAAUAUUUUCAAAUGACACAGGAGACUCCUCAUGUGAGGGGUACUAUAAAUUCAAGGACGACAUUAACUUGAUGAAGGACAUGAAGCUGAAUCAUUAUCGCUUCUCCAUCUCCUGGCCGAGGAUUUUACCAAGUGGACUCAAAAGUGAACACAUCAACGAGAAAGGAAUCAGUUAUUAUGAUAAUCUGAUUAACAUGCUCCUGGAGAACAAGGUCACACCAGUCGUUACUCUGUACCACUGGGAUUUACCUCAGGUCUUACAGGAGAAAUAUGGCGGCUGGCAGAAUGCCACCAUGAUCAACUACUUUAACGACUUUGCCAACUUGUGUUUUGAGAGAUUUGGGAACAGAGUGAAAUACUGGAUCACCUUCAACAACCCGUGGUCAAUUGCUGUGGAAGGGUAUGAAACAGGGGAACAUGCACCGGGGCUGAAGCUGAAGGGAACAGGAGUGUACAAAGCUGCUCACCACAUCAUCAAAGCACAUGCUAAGGUUUGGCACACGUAUGACAUGCAGUGGCGAAGCAAACAAAAAGGCCUGGUUGGAAUCUCGCUAACAGCAGACUGGGGUGAACCAGUGGACAUCACCAACCAGAGGGACAUCGAAGCGGCAGAGAGAUACAUCCAGUUCUACCUGGGUUGGUUUGCGACACCCAUCUUCAAUGGCGACUACCCACAAGUUAUGAAGGAGUAUAUUGGCAGGAAGAGCGGCCAGCAGGGCCUGGGAGUUUCGCGAUUGCCUGUUUUCUUGCCCCAGGAGAAGAGUUACAUCAAAGGAACCUGUGAUUUCCUGGGCCUCGGCCAUUUCACGACUCGCUACGUCACCCAGAAGAAUUUCCCAUCAGGCCUCGGUGACAGUUACUUCACAGACCGUGACCUCGCAGAGCUGGUAGACCCGCAGUGGCCCGACCCCGGCUCAGAAUGGCUCUAUUCUGUUCCAUGGGGAUUCCGGCGCUUGCUGAAUUUUGUCAAGACUCAGUAUGGAAACCCAAUGAUCUACGUGACAGAAAACGGCGUGUCGGAGAAAACGCCCUGCACCGAUCUCUGUGAUGACUGGAGGAUGCACUACUUCAAAGACUACAUCAAUGAAAUGCUCAAAGCGAUGAAAGACGGAGUUAACGUCAAAGGCUACACCGCCUGGUCUCUCCUCGACAACUUUGAGUGGGAUGAAGGAUACUCGGAGAGGUUCGGGCUCUACUAUGUGGACUUCAGGAGCAAGAACAAAUCGCGCUACCCAAAGGCGUCUGUUCAGUACUACAAACGUAUCAUCAGCUCCAAUGGCUUUCCCAACCAGAGAGAGGUGGAAACUUGGAAGAGAAAAGCGGUGGAGACCUGCUCCUCCAGUAACCAGCUCCUGGCGAUAGAUCCAAUGAUCAGCCACAUGGAGAUGGUGACAGAGAUUGUGGUUCCCACCGUGUGCACACUCUGCAUUCUGCUCAGCGCUGUCUUCUUAAUGUUCCUGCUGCGUGGACACCUCUGAAACACACACACACACACACGCACAGCUGCAGAUCUCGUGUUGUUAAUGUAAUUGAAUGAACGUAAUGGAAUGCUGAAUAAACAGACUUGAUUUUAUUUGGUUGUUUUCAUAACGACUGCCAAAGCCUAUGAUGACACUGUUGAUGAUGAUGAAGGCGACUGCAUAAUGACACUAGUUUACUGUAAAAUAAAGACAUGAGGAUUGUG